UAAGUGUAGUACUGAUGAUACUUGAUUUAUGUUGACUCAUUUUUAGUUCAUUCCAUUAUUUUUCCCCUUUCUUCUUCUAUUAGGGCAUGAUGAGUGCUGGAACAAGUCCUGACCAAAUGAUUCAGAGUGCUGGAGUUCCAGGACCUUUAAAUGGGUUGAGUCAAAUUGAGCUUGAUUCUCAGGGUAGGCUCAAUGCUGUCGAGGAAGAUGGCCAUCAAGAGGGGGAGAGUGCUCCAUCUGAGAGGCAAGCCUCCCCCAAAAAGCUCUAUCGGGCUGCUCUAUUGAGGAGCCGCUUUGCAGACACCAUACUUAAAGCUCGAGAAAAGGCACUUGAGAAGGUUGGUUGAAGUGGUCUUAUGUGUAUGGUUUAGUUAGUUUGGUUUUUUUGUUUUACUCUAAAUCAUUUUUCUUUAG